AUGGCCAUAAGAACAAAACCCGGUGGUGUAUUGAAUGCUGGAGUUGAGCAAUCGGACUCCAAUGAUCCAACAUUGCAAGAUUUGUUUCUUGAAUUGGAAGAAUACCAAGAAUUUCCAAAAACAUGCAAAAAAUGUCACCUUCCAAAACCCGAGCGUGCACAUCAUUGUUCUGUUUGCAGAAAAUGUGUGUUAAGAUUUGAUCACCAUUGCCCUUGGAUAGCAAAUUGUGUUGGACAUUUCAAUCAUCGUUACUUUUUAUUAUUUAUGACUUAUUUGGUUAUUGGAUGUUUUUACUUUGCUCUCGUUGGAUGGAAACCAUUUUUAUUGAGUUUGGAAGAAACUGGGGUGUGGGAGUGGUGGAUGCCACGUCCUUAUAUGGCUUUAUCAUUUUUGCUCGCGGUUGCAAUUGGCCUGGCUUUGGGGGGAAUGUGCUCAUGGCAUUACUAUCUAAUCAUGACUGCACAAACAACAGUAGAGUUUUAUAACAAUCAGUAUGCGAGACGUACUGCAAAAGCAAAGGGAGAGGUAUAUGUGAAUCCAUACGACCUCGGUCCUUUAUUAAAUUUGUGUCAGUUCUUUAAUGUUGGCCGGAAUUAUCCAAUAUAUACGAUAUUUCUACCAAUACCAAUAUCUCCACCAGGUAAUGGUAAGGUCUGGGAAAAAAAUGCCAUGAGUUACUCAAGUGUUCAAACUGAAGUAUCAGAAG